AUGUCAUUAUUCGGUGAGGUUCCCCAAGCCACCCCAGUGGCGGUCUUCAAACUGUCGAAUGAUUUCAAAGAGGACCCGAACCCCAUGAAGGUGAACCUCGGAGUUGGAGGUAAGAAAAUAUGAUAAUGAUGCUUAUUGCUUCAGUCGCUGUGAUGAAGUAAACAAAGGAACGUUAGCUAGUUAGCAAGCUGUAAACAAGCUGGAUCACAGAGUUUCACUGCGACAACAAUGCACCUGUGCCUGUCGGAUUUCCUGGACCAUCCCCAGGUUAAUAAUCGUGGAAAGUUAGUUACUUUACUAGUAAACCGUAGCUAACUAGCUAGCUAACGUUAGUAGUUACUAUAGUUAGCAAGUAAACAGAUGCUAAACAGUAACUAACCAACUAACGCUACUAGUUAACAUAGCUAUCGAAUCCUGUAUAACUAACUAUUAAGUAGAUCAUCAGAAAUGUCUGCUGUGGUGCUGGGCCCUGUUUGAAAAAUGUGACAGAAUGCAUCAUCCCUCAAUGAUGUGACAUGACUGGAUCUGUUCUAUGUGGGGAAACCUUUUCAUCUAUCCAAUCAAUCAUGUUAUCCAGAUCAGUGAUUAGGCUAGCAUACUUCUUCAAAGUAGGGAGAAGGUAAGGAUGAAUUCAGGCUGGACAUGACAUACAUGAUGUCCUUGCUUGCUGUGCUGAUUGUGCAGAAUCUACAGUAACAUUUCAAUCAAUCACAUUUAUUUUAUAAAGCCCUUUUUACAUCAGCAGUUGUCACAAAGUGCUUGAAACCCCAAAGAGCAACCAAUGCAGAUUUAGAAACUCAGUGUUUAGGAAAAAUUCCCUAGAAAGGCAGGAUCCUAGGAAGAAACCUAGAGAGGAACCAGGCUCUUAGAGGUGGCCGGUCCUCAUCUGGCUGUGCCAGGUGAAGAUUAUGAGAGUACAUGGCCAUUAAGGCCAGAUCGUUCUUCAAGAUGUUCAAACGUUCGUAGAUGACCAGCAGGGUCAAAUAAUAGUCGCAGUGGUUAUAGAGGGUGCAACAGGUCAGCACCUCAGUAGUUAAUGUCAGUUGACUUUUCAUAGCCAAGCAUUCAGAGAUCGAGACAGCAUGUCCUGACAAGGUAGCACGUCCGAUGAACAGGUCAGCAGAAACUGGAUCAGCAGCAAGAACAGGUGGACUGGGGACGGGGACAGCGAGGAGUCAUCAUGCCAGGUAGUCCUGAGGCAUGGUUCUAGGGCUCAGGUCCUCCGGACGGACGGACAGAGGGAGAGAGAGAGAGAGAAGAAUUCCUAAGAUCACACAGGACACCAGAUAAGACAGGAGAAUUACACCAGAUUGACCCUAGCCCCCAGUACAUAGACUAUUGCAGCAUAGAUACUGGGUACUUAGACAGGGGUUGUCAGGGGGAACAGAUAGCAUAGCAAGGCCUAUAACCUGUAGUUGGCAGUCAUCCAAAGAAGUGGCUCUGUCACUGCAGUAGGAACAGACUGGAACAGGCCGGUAGUUGGAGAUGGAGAUAAAUGAGUCAUGGUCAUAUCACUAUUAGUUGUAGCUAGAUCAAUGGACCGUGGUCAUAGAGCAAAUCACUCCCAUUCACGCUCUCUACGCAGAUCCUAUGGGAGACUGUAGCCAGAAUACACCCCCGUCCCGCCCCACAGGAGUGCACUCACACACACCUUGUGACUGUUCUUCUUACUGGAUACUUUGUAUGGAGUGCUGUUAAUAUAUAACACUGCAGCGCAGAGGCCAAAAGGCUGAUAUCCUGGUGUGUGUGUUGCCUGUGACCGAUUGCUUGGCAUCUCAGGACUACAGGAUUAACACUGCGCUACGCCAGAGAAAACUGGCCAAAGUUCUGUUGUUACAUGGUGUUAAUCCUUAACAAUUCAUAAGAGAUGAAGAACGGGUGGCGGAUUAGGGCCCUGUUGGAACACUGUAAAUGUAUACAUCCUCACUGCCUUCCCUGAAAUAAUCACUAAUAAGACGGGAUGGGUGUAAGAAAGCAUUCCACAACAUAGGUUUGACCAAUUCAAUCAUGUCAGAUCAGUGAUGAUUACUUGAAGGGAGGAAGGAGGAAAGGUGAUGCUGCGGUUGCUCUUUCCCCCUCGUCCUGCUCUUUUUCUCUGCAGUGCAGGUCUGCUUGAGGUUCCCUGAUUAGCACAGGCAGGCCUAAGACCUAUUAUAAAAUGGGUUGUUUGGAUCCUCUAUGCUGAUUCGUUGAUAUGCUGUGGGACAACUCCCGCAAAAUACCAUGACAUAUUCAUCUCCUAAUUCCACUGUCCCGCAGCCCAGGCAGGAAAUUCAUAAACUUCAUCUCCCUUGGGCCUCAGAACAACCCUUGUCGGGAGUUCAUGGAUUCUCAGGCAUUAUUGCUUAAGUAAUUCCUUCCUGUAGUAGGCUAACAGUAGGCUCAUACUGUGGUCAGCUGGCUGAAAAUAGCCUACAUAACCUAGCUACACCAUGUGUUAGCAUGCUCAGAUAGAGGAGAUGGACCCAUGUCCACUCAGGAAAAUAUCUGUUUUCUCUUGAACUUCAGUCACAAAUUAUAUGGUUAGGCCUCGUGCUCAGUUAGAAAGUGAUUGUGGAUGUGGAUGGAAGUAUGUUUUCAGACAGUUUACAUACUAUUACAGUCAAUAAGUGAGCAGAUAAGAGCCUGUUACAGAAAGGAGUGCCCUCUCCUCUUUAGCUCAAUAACACUGUUCACUAUGAGUAAGUUACUAGUGUUGCUGUCUUAUCAGUGGUGGCUGACUGGAGUUUAGGACCUCAGGGGAAAGUGCACGGCUUUUGUCUGACAUUUGUAUCAGGUUGUAGCCUGAUCCGAUAAAACCAUUAAAACAAACCUUUGCAAAGUUUUAAUUUUAUUUAACAUUUAUUUAUACAGGUAAGUCAAUUAAGAACAAAUUGUUAUUUACAAUGACGACCUGUCAGGGAGCGAGCGCAGCACAUAUAACACACAAAUAGGUUAAACAAUAUCAUACAAACAACAGUCAAAAAUACACAUGAAGUUGCCCGCCAGAGACCUAAGGUAGGCCUAAUGACGAAUCAGUCUACUUGGAUCUUGCAGAGCAAUAAUGCUUCUAGUGUAAUAGAGCGCAUUUGUGACGUCUCCAUCUGUGUUCAAACUCUCUUCAGGUUGUCAGGGUUCGUUGUUCAUUGGCACCAUCCCUCCUGAGUGGGUUGUUCACUGGGGCAGUAAUGCUCCUCCUGAGUGGGUUGUUCACUGGGGCAGUAAUCCUUCUCCAUAGUGGGUUGUUCACCGGGACAGUAAUCCUUCUCCUGAGUGGGUUGCUCACCAGGGACAGUAAUGCUCCUCCUGAGUGGGUUGUUCACCGGGGCAGUAAUGCUCCUCCUGAGUGGGUUGUUCACCGGGGCAGUAAUGCUCCUCCUGAGUGGGUUGUUCACCAGGGGCAGUAAUGCUCCUCCUGAGUGGAUUGCUCACCAGCACAGUAAUGCUCCUCCUGAGUGGGUUGCUCACCGGGGCAGUAAUGCUCCUCCUGAGUGGGUUGCUCACCGGGACAGUAAUCCUCUCCUGAGUGGGUUGCUCACCAGGACAGUAAUCCUUCUCCUGAGUGGGUUGCUCACCAGGACAGUAAUGCUCCUCCUGAGUGGGUUGCUCACCAGGACAGUAAUGCUCCUCCUAAGUGGGUUGUUCACCGGGGCAGUAAUGUUCCUCCUGAGUGGGUUGCUCACCGGGACAGUAAUGCUCCUCCUGAGUGGGUUGCUCACCGGGACAGUAAUGCUCCUCCUGAGUGGAUUGCUCACCGGGACAGUAAUGUUCCUCCUGAGUGGGUUGCUCACCGGGACAGUAAUGCUCCUCCUGAGUGGGUUGCUCACCAGGGUAGUAAUGCCAGCUUCAGAGAGAGCCCUGGGGGCAGAGUUGGGCUACUGCAAAAUGUACAACAUAAAGCAAACGAAACUCUGGUAAAAACACAUAGCUAGUAGGCUAUAUCAGGCCCAUAUAUUGGAAACACUGUAUCCCCCCUCACCCGCUGUAGCUAGCCUGUCUCUCCCCUCCAGCCUAUAGGACAGAUGAGGGCCAGCCCUGGGUGCUGCCCGUGGUUAAGAAGGUGGAGAAGAUCAUCGUAGCGGACAACAGUCUGAACCAUGAGUACCUGCCCAUCCUGGGUCUGCCUGAGUUUAGGUCCUCCGCAUCCAAGAUCGCCCUGGGAGAAGACAGCCCUGCCAUCCAGGAGAACAGGGUAGGGUAGUUUAUGAGUGUGUGUGUGUGCUCAAUCAUGCAUAUAUUGAGCUGAAUUUAAAGUAAUGCAUUUAAAUUAGUACUGAUAAGUAGUUAUUAAGUCACUUAUCUAGUGUCUCUCCCCCACCCCCUUCUCUCUUCAACCCCCUUCUCUCUCCCUCUGUCUCUCUCUCGCUCUCUCUCCUUCCCUCUCUCACCUCUCUCCCUAUCCGUCUCUGUCACCCUCUCUCUCCUUCCCUCUCUUGCUCGCUCACUCUCAUUCUGUCUCUCACUCUCUCUCUCUCUCUGUCAGGUGGGAGCGGUGCAAUGUCUGGGGGGUACAGGUGCUCUGAAGAUGGGGGCUGAGUUUCUCAGACGCUGGUACAACGGGAACGACAACAUGAAAACACCUGUCUACGUCUCAGCGCCUACCUGGGGUACACACACACACACACACUGGAACGACAAAACUUAAUACAGCUGUCUACAUCUCUGCUCGUACGGCUGAUUACAAAGGGAAACCCAGCUGUGAGCUUCCCAGUGACUCAAGUCUACCAGACGAGCUAAAUUCCUUCUAUGCUCUCUUCGAGGCAAGCAACACUGAACCUGCAUGAGAGCACCAGCUGUUCCCGAAUGACUGUGUGAUCUUGCUCUCCGUAGCUGAUGUGAGUAAGACCUUUUAACAGGUUAACAUUCACAGGACGCAUACUUAGAACAUGCGCUGACCAGCUGGCAAGUGUCUUCACUGACAUUUUCAAACUCUCUCUGACCCAGUCUAUCAUACCAACAUGUUUCAAGCAGACCACCAUAGCCCAAGAACGCCAAAGUAACCUGUCUAAAUGACAAUCGUACCGUAGCACUCACAUCUGUAGCCAUGAAAUGCUUUGAAAGGCUGACCAUGGCACACAUCAACACCAUCAUCCCAUACACCCUUGACCCACUCCAAUUCGCAUACCGCCCCAAAAGAUCCACAAAUGACGCAGUCUCUAUUGCACUCCACACUGCCCUUUCCCACCUGGACAAAAGGAACACCUAUGUGAGAAUGCUGUUCAUUGACUACAGCUCAGCGUUCAUCAUCAUAGUGCCUGCCAAGCUCAGCACUAAGCUAAGGACUCUGGGAUUAAAAACAUCCCUCUGCAACUCGGUCCUGGACUUCCUGACGGGCCGCCCCCAGGUGGUGAGGGUAGGCAACAACAAAUCUGCCACUCUGGCCCUUAACACGGGAGACCCUUAAGGGUGCAUGCUUAGUCCCCUCCUAUACUCCCUGUUCACUCACAACUGUGUAGCUGCGCACGACUCCAACACUAUAAUUAAGUUUGCUGAUGAGACGACAGUGGUGAUGAGACAGCCUACAUGGAGGAAGUCAGUGACAACAACCUCUCCAACAAUGUCAACAAGACAAAAGAGCUGAUCGUGGACUACAGGAAACGGAGGGCCGAGCACGCCCCCAUUCACAUCGACGGGGAUGUAGUGGAGUGGGUCGAGCGCUUCAAAGUUCCUCGUAGUCCACAUCACGAAGGAAUUAUCAUGGUCAACACACACCAACACAGUCGUGAAGAAGGCUCGACAACGCCUCUUCCCCCUCAGGAGGCUGAAAAGAUUACAACUGCUUGGCAUCCGAUGGCAAGGCACUACAGAGGGUAGUGUGUUCGACUCAGUACAUCACUGGGGCCGAGCUCCCUGCCAUCCAGGACCUCGAUACCAGGCAGUGUCAGAGGAAGGGCCUAGAAAUUGUCAAAGACUCCAGCCACCCAAGUCAUUUUUUUUGUUUUGCUACCGCACGGCAAGCGGUAACGAUGCACCAAGUCUGGAACCAACAGGACCCUGAACAGCUUCUACCCACAAUCCAUAAGACUGCUAAAUAGUUAGUCCGGGUAGCUAUUGGUUAACUAUUAAACUACAGUUGAAGUCGGAAGUUUACAUACACCUUAGCCAAAUACAUUUAAACUCAGUUUUUCUACAAUUCCUGACAUUUAAUCGUAGUAAAAAUUCCCUGUCUUAGGUCAGUUAGGAUCACCACUUUUAUUUUAAGAAUGUGAAAUGUCAGAAUAAUAGUAGAGAGUGAUUUAUUUCAACUUUUAUUUAUUUCAUCACAUUCCCAGUGGGUCAGAAGUUUACAUACACUCAAUUAGUAUUUGGUAGCAUUGCCUUUAAAUUGCUUAACUUGGGUCAAAUGUUUCGGGUAGCCUUCCACAAGCUUCCCACAAUAAGUUGGGUGCAUUUUGGCCCAUUCCUCCUGACAGAGCUGGUGUAACUGAGUCAGAUUUGAAGGCCUCCUUGCUUGCACAUGCUUUUUCAGUUCUGGCCACAAAUGUUCUAUAGGAUUGAGGUCAGGGCUUUGUGAUGGCCACUCCAAUACCUUUACUUUGUUAAAUAAUAAUAAUAAUAAUAAUAUGCCAUUUAGCAGACGCUUUUAUCCAAAGCGACUUACAGUCAUGCGUGCAUACAUUUUUUGUGUAUGGGUGGUCCCGGGGAUCGAACCCACUACCUUGGCGUUACAAGCGCCGUGCUCUACCAGCUGAGCUACAGAGGACAACCAUUUGUUGUCCUUAAGCCAUUUUGCCACAACUUUGUAAGUAUGCUUGGGGUCAUUGUCCAUUUGGAAGAUCAUUUGCGACCAAGCUUUAACUUCCUGACUGAUGUCUUGAGAUGUUGCUUCAAUAUAUCCACAUAAUUUUCCUUCUUUAUGAUGCCAUCUAUUUUGUGAAGUGCACCAGUCUCUCCUGCAGCAAAGCACACCCACAGCAUGAUGCUGCCACCCCCGUGCUUCAUGGUUGGGGUGAUGUUCUUCGGCUUGCAAGCAUCCCCCUUUUUCCUCCAAACAUAACGAUGGUCAUUAUGGCCAAACCGUUCUAUUUUUGUUUCAUCAGACCAGAGGACAUUUCUCCAAAAAGUACGAUCUUUGUCCCCAUGUGCAGUUGCAAACUGUAGUCUGGCUUCUUUAUGGCGGUUUUGGAGUAGUGGCUUCUUCCUUGCUGAGCGGCCUUUCAGGUUAUGUCGAUAUAGGACUUGUUUUACUGUGGAUAUAGAUACUUUUGUACCUGUUUCCUCCAGCAUCUUCACAAGGUCCUUUGCUGUUGUUCUGGGAUUGAUUUGCACUUUUUGCACCAAAGUACGUUAAUCUCUAGGAGACAGAACGCGUCUCCUUCCUGAGCGGUAUGACGGCUGCGUGAUCCCAUGGUGUUUAUACUUGCGUACUAUUGUUUGUACAGAUGAACGUGGUACCUUCAGGCGUUUGGAAAUUGCUCCCAAGGAUGAACCAGACUUGUGGAGGUCUACAAUUCUUUUUCUGAGGUCUUGGCUGAUUUCUUUUGAUUUUCCCAUGAUGUCAAGCGUUUGAAGGUAUGCCUUGAAAUACAUCCACAGGUACGCCUCCAAUUGACUCAAAUGAUGUCAAUUAGCCUAUCAGAAGCUUCUAAAGCCAUGACAUCAUUUUCUGGAAUUUUCCAAGCUGUUUAAAGGCACAGUCAACUUAGUGUAUGUAAACUUCUGACCCACUGGAAUUGUGAUACAGUGAAUUAUAAGUGAAAUAAUCUGUCUGUAAACAAUUGUUGGAAAAAUUACUUGUGUCAUGCACAAAGUAGAUGUCCUAACCGACUUGCCAAAACUAUAGUUUGUUAACAAGAAAUUUGUGGAGUGGUUGAAAACGAGUUUUAAUGACUCCAACGUAAGUGUAUGUAAACUUCCGACUUCAACUGUAUCUGCAUUGACCCUUUUUGCACUAACUCUUUUGACUCAUCACAUACGCUGCUGCUACCACUUAUUAUCUAUCCUGUUUCCUAGUCACUUUACCCCUACCUAUAUGUACAUAUCUACCUCAAUUACCUCGUACCCCUCCACAUCAACUCAUUACUGGUACCCCAUGUAUAUAGCCAAGUUAUCGUUACUCAUUGUGUAUUUAUUCUUUGUUUGAUAAUUUUUCUUUUUGUCUCUGCAUUGUUGGGAAGGGCCUGUAAGCAUGUCACUGUUAGUCUACACCUGUUGUUUAUUAAGCAUGUGACAAAUACAAUUUGAUAUGUUAUCUUAUCUGGAACUCAUACUGCUGAGUUGUCCUUUUGAUAUUUAAUUAAUAGGUGAUUAUAAGUCCAGCAUGUUACUUUUUAUUUUGGUUCAUGCUCUGCAAUAGAGCUUCAAAUCAUUUCAGCUAAUGUUACAAAGCAGGCCUCAAAAGACACAUGAUUUGGAAACGCAUUCUCUAUUAGAGAAAAGGCAGACUGUUGUAAAACCUGCUCUACUGUUUGUUUCUAGAGAACCACAACUCUGUGUUUGCCAAUGCUGGGUUCGAGGACAUCCGUCCCUAUAAGUACUGGGACGCAGAGAAGCGGGGACUGGAUCUGGCCGGUUUCCUAGGCGACCUGGAGGUGAGCCGCUGACCUCUGAACAGGUCGAGACCAGACCGGCUCCCAAACUCUUGAGUUUACCUCACAAUAGUGAAUAUUGAAUAUCAGAACUGGUCAUGUCUACCUUAAAAGUAAAUUAGCUUUUUACACACUAUUGAAAAGAUGAUAUGUUUAGCUUUAACGAUACCAACUUCAUGUAUCAACUCCCAGUACACUAUAAUUUGGCUGUCCUGUAGUCUAACACUGACCUUUGACCCCGGUCCCAGACUGCACCAAAGCAUUCCAUCUUCGUUUUGCACGCGUGUGCCCACAACCCCACCGGCACAGACCCUACACACGUAGAGUGGAUGCAGGUGGCUGAGGUCAUGAAGGUAAGACUGUGUGUGUGUACACGUGCAACUGUUUUGUAAAAAAUAUAAAAAUGUAUCAUUUAAAAAUAAUAAUAAUUUGGUAUUUCAAAUUCUCAUUUCUGAAGAUGUUUUAUCCUUUGUCCUCUUUCUUUUUUCCCCAGAGGAGGAAGCUGUUUGUGUUCUUUGACUCUGCGUACCAGGGCUUUGCGUCAGGCUGUCUGGAUAAGGAUGCCUGGGCCGUGCGCUACUUUGUCACCCAGGGCUUCGAGAUGUUCUGUGCCCAGUCCUUCUCCAAGAACUUUGGCCUCUACAGUGAGACAGACACACACACACACACACACACACACACACACACACACACACACACACACACACACACACACACUCAGUAAGAUGCAGGGAAACAUAAAUGAAACCAAACUACAGUAUGUAUUCCUACUCCCACCUCUCACACAUCACACUUACGUUUCACAUUUAAUUCUACAUAAUGCAAUCUGUAAACUGCAGAGAACCCUAAAUGAAGAUUCUGUCUCCUGUCAGAUGAACGUGUGGGGAACCUGACCAUCGUAGCUUGUGAUGCUGACAACGUGAAGAGAGUUCUGUCUCAGAUGGAGAAGAUUGUCAGGGUAACCUGGUCCAAUCCUCCCUCCCAGGGUGCCAGGCUGGUCGCCAUCACACUCAACACACCUGAACUCUUCGCUGAAUGGUGGGUACACACACACAGGUCACAUUUUUUUUAAUUUCACCUUUAUUUAACCAGGUAAGCCAGUUGAGAACAAGUUCUCAUUUACAACUGCGACCUGGCCAAGAUAAAGCAAAGCAGUGCGAUUAAAAACAACAACAACACAGAGUUACAUAUGGGGUAAAACAAAACAUAAAGUCAAAAAUACAACAGAAAAUAUAUAUACAGUGUGUGCAAAUGUUGUAAGUUAUGGAGGUAAGGCAAUAAAUAGGCCAUAGUGCAAAAUAAUUACAAUUUAGUAUUAACACUGGAAUGAUAGAUGUGCAAAAGAUGAUGUGCAAAUAGAGAUACUGGGGUGCAAAUGAGCAAAAUAAAUAACAAUAUGGGGAUGAGGUAGUUGGGUGGGCUAAUUUCAGAUGGGCUGUGAACAGGUGCAGUGAUCGGUAAGCUGCUCUGACAACUGAUGCUUAAAGUUAGUGAGGGAGAUAAGUCUCCAGCUUCAGAGAUUUUUGCAGUUCGUUCCAGUUAUUGGCAGCAGAGAACUGGAAGGAAUGGUGGCCAAAGGUGGUGUUGGCUUUGGGGAUGACCAGUGAGAUAUACCUGCUGGAGCGCAGACUACGGGUGGGUGUUGCAAUGGUGACGAAUGAGCUAAGAUAAGGCAGGGAUUUGCCUAGCAGUGAUUUAUAGAUGACCUGGAGCCAGUGGGUUUGGCGACGAAUAUGUAGUGAGGGCCAGCCAAUGAGAGCGUACAGGUCACAAUGGUGGGUAGUAUAUGGGGCUUUGGUGACAAAACGGAUGGCACUGUGAUAGACUACAUCCAAUUUGCUGAGUAGAGUGUUGGAGGCUAUUUUGUAAAUGACAUCGCCGAAGUCAAGGAUCGGUAGGAUAGUCAGUUUUACGAGGGCAUGUUUGGCAGCAUGAGUGAAGGAGGCUUUGUUGCGAAAUAGGAAGCCGAUUCUAGAUUUAACUUUGGAUUGGAGAUGUUCAAUGUGAGUCUGGAAGGAGAGUUUACGGUCUAACCAGACACCUAGGUAUUUGUAGUUGUCCACAUAUUCUAAGUCAGACCCGCCGAGAGUAGUGAUUCUAGUCGGGCGGGCGGGUGCAAGCAGCGUUCGAUUGAAGAGCAGUUGGAGGCUACAGAAGGAGUGCUGUAUGGCAUUGAAGCUCGUUUGGAGGUUUGUUAACACAGUGUCCAAUGAAGGGCCAGAUGUAUACAAAAUGGUGUCGUCUGCGUAGAGGUGGAUCUGAGAGUCACCAGCAGCAAGAGCGACAUCAUUGAUAUACACAGAUAAUAGAGUCGGCCCGAGAAUUGAACCCUGUGGCACCCCCAUAGACUGCCAGAGGUCCAGACAACAGGCCCUCCGAUUUGACACAUUUUUUUGAUAUCUGAGAAGUAGUUGGUGAACCAAGCGAGGCAGUCAUUUGAGAAACCAAGGCUAUUUAGUCUGCCAAUAAGAAUGCAGUGAUUGACGGAGUGGAAAGCCUUGGCCAGGUCGAUGAAGACUGCUGCACAGUACUGUCUUUUAUCGAUCGCGGUUAUAAUAUCGUUUAGGACCUUGAGCGUGGCUGAGGUGCACCCAUGACCAGCUCGGAAACCAGAUUGCAUGGCGGAGAAGGUACGGUGGGAUUCGAAAUGGUCGGUGAUCUGUUUGUUAACUUGGCUUUCAAAUACUUUCGAAAGGCAGGGCAGGAUGGAUAUAGGUCUGUAACAGUUUGGAUCUAGAGUGUCACCCCCUUUGAAGAGGGGGAUGACCGCGGCAGCUUUCCAAUCUCUGGGGAUCUCAGACGUUACGAAAGAGAGGUUGAACAGGCUAGUAAUAGGGGUUGCGACAAUUUCGGCGGCUAAUUUUAGAAAGAAAGGUUCUUUAGCCCAGCUGAUUUGUAGGGGUCCAGAUUUUGCAGCUCUUUCAGAACAUCAGCUAUCUGAAUUUGGGUGAAGGAGAAAGGGGGGGCAUGGGCAAGUUGCAGCGGAGGGUGCAGAGCUGGUGGCCCGGGGUAGGGGUAACCAGGUGGAAAGCAUGGCCAGCCGUAACAAAAUGCUUGUUGAAAUGUUCGAUUAUCGUAGAUUUAUCGGUAGUGACAGUGUUUCCUAGCCUCAAUGCAGUGGGCAGCUGGGAGGAGGUGCUCUUAUUCUCCAUGGACUUUAGUGUCCCAAAACUUUUUGGAGUUAGUGCUACAGGAUGCAAGUUUCUGUUUGAAAAAGCUAGCCUUUGCUUUCCUAACUGAUUGUGUAUAUUAGUUCCUGACUUCCCUAAAAAGUUGCAUAUCGCGGGGGCUGUUCGAUGCUAAUGCAGUACGCCACAGGAUGUUUUUGUGCUGGUCAAGGGCAGUCAAGUCUGGGGUGAACCAGGGGCUAUAUCUAUUUUUAGUUCUGCAUUUUUGGAAUGGGGCAUGCUUAUUUAAGAUGGAGAGGAAAGCACUUUUAAAGAACAACCAGGCAUCCUCUACUGACAGAAUGAGGUCAAUAUCCAUCCAGGAUACCCGGGCCAGGUCAAUUAGAAAGGCCUGCUCGCUGAAGUGUUUUAGGGAGCGUUUGACAGUGAUGAGGGGUGGUCGUUUGACCGCGGACCCAUUACGGACGCAGGCAAUGAGGCAGUGAUCGCUGAGAUCCUGGUUGAAGACAGUGGUGGUGUAUUUAGAGGGUAUGAAAAUGUAUGCACUCACUAACUGUAAGUCGCUCUGGAUAAGAGCGUCUGCUAAAUGACUAAAAUGUAAAAUGUAAAUGUAAAUUAGUCAGGAUGAUAUCUAUGAGGGUGCCCAUGUUAACGGAUUUAGGGUUGUACCUGGUAGGUUCCUUGAUAAUUUGUAUGAGAUUGAGGGCAUCUAGUUUAGUUUGUAGGACGGCCGGGGUGUUAAGCUUAUCCCAGUUUAGGUCACCAAGCAAUACGAACUCUGAGGAUAGAUGGGGGGCAAUCAAUUCACAUAUGGUGUCCAGGGCACAGCUGGGGGCUGAGGGGGGUCUGUAGCAAGCGGCAACAGUGAGAGACUUAUUUCUGGAAAGAUGGAUAUUUAGAAGUAGAAGCUCAAACUGUUUGGGCACAGACCUGGAUAGUAUGAUAGAGCUCUGCAGGCUAUCUCUACAGUAGAUUGCAACUCCGCCCCCUUUGGCAGUUCUAUCUAGACGGAAACUGUUGUAGUUGGGAAUGGACAUUUCUGAAUCUUUGGUGGCCUUCCUAAGCCAGGAUUCAGACACUGCUAGAACAUCAGGGUUGGCGGAGUGUGCUAACGCAGUGAAUAACUCAAACUUAGGGAGGAGGCUUCUGAUGUUAACAUGCAAGGAACCAAGGCUUUUGCGGUUACAGAAGUCAACAAAUGAUAGCGCCCUUUGGAGUAGGAGUGAUACUGGGGGCUACAGGGCCUGGGUUAACCUCUACAUCACCAGAGGAACAGAGGAGGAAUAGAAUAAGGAUACGGCUAAAGGCUUUAAGAACUGGUCUUCUACUGCGUUGGGUACAGAGAAUAAAAGGUGCGGAUUUCCGGGCGUUGUAGAGUAGAUGAAAAAUAGUGUAUGAACGUCCAACAAUUAUACAUGAGAGUUCGAAACAUUGAAAUCACAGGCGGCCGGUGGAACCUUAAUUGGGGAGGACGGACUCAUAGUAAUGGCUGGAACGGAAUCAAUGGAAUGGUAUCAAACACAUGGUUUCCAUGGUUUCCACAUGUUUGAAGGCAUUCCAUUGACUCCAUUCCAGCCAUUAUUAUGAGCCGUCCUCCCCUCAGCAGCCUCCUGUGAUUGAAAUAUAUCCUCUCUUCAUCCCCCCCCCCCUCUCUCUCUCCUCCCUUCCUCUCCCCCCUCUUCUUUCUCUUUGUCUCCCGCCAUCAUCCUUCUCUCUCCCUCUCCCUCCAUCCCUCCCUCCUCUCUCCCGGUUUUAGGAAGGAUAAUGUGAAGACCAUGGCAGACCGUGUGUUGUUGAUGAGGGCUUCACUCCAGGCUAAACUGCAGGCUCUGGGAACACCAGGAACAUGGGACCACAUCACACAGCAGAUCGGCAUGUUCAGCUUCACUGGCCUCAACCGUGCGUACACGCACACACCAGAUCUACUCAGUACACACAUUUAAACAAAUAUCCUCUCCUGUGUUUUCUCUCUCUUUGUUCCCUUUGUCUUUUCUAUCUCUAUCAAACACUCUUUUCCUACCCAGAUUAAUUGUGUGGGGGGGAGCGAGCAUUCUAAGGCCCCCACACAAAAACCUAUGAUAGGAUAUUGUACCUUCAGAAAAAAUAUUUUCUCCAAAUGUUUUGAGACCACCUGAUCAAGCCUGUUUUCUCCGCUACACUAACCUGUAGACUGGCCUGUCAUGUCAUGUCAUGUUAUGAACUAGCCCCAUACUAAUCCUUCCAUUAAAAUCUCAAAGGUUCAGUCAGGGACCAUUUUGUCAGGGGAUAGUUUAGUGGCCUGCAGCUGGAUGCAUCUUGGAAGACGCGAGAGGAGGCCAAUCGAAGAAACUAAUGACUUUUCUAAUGAAGAAACGUUUCUGUAGAUGCUAUUUCUGUGUGCCGUGCAAACAAUGUUCAAUUUGACAUAUUUUAUUCCUCCAAAUUAAUCCAGCAUGUAGCUAGCUAGCAACGUUCAAAACGUGAAAGAUGUGGGCCGAGCAUGCAAAGACGGUACGAAUUUGACGUGGACCUGUUUGUGCCCAAACGUAAGACAAGUGGUAUUACUUGCCGGCCACUGGUGUGGGCAACAUCUCAUAGUGAUUUUGGUACAGCAGGCUAUCUAGCUGGAAAUAUUAUGUGUGUGCUCGUCAUCAGCAGCAUGACUAGAUUUAAUGAGAAACGUUUUCUUUGGGGGUUUUGUGCACAGUGCGUUUUGGUAUAGUGUCAGCUGAUUCACUACGUGCGUGCUUAGUCCCUUCCUGUAUUCCCUAUUCAACCACGACUGCGUGGCCGUGCAUGACUCCAACACCAUCAUUAAGUUUGCUGACGACACGACAGUGGUUAGCCUGAUCACUGACGACGAUGAGACAGCCUACAGGGAGGAGGUCAGAGACCUGGCAGUGUGGUGCCAGGACAACAACCUCUCCCUCAAUGUCAGCAAGACAAAGGAGAUGAUCGUGGACUACAGGAAACGGAGGGCCGAGCACGCCCCCAUCCACAUCAAUGGGGUUGUAGUGGAGUGGGUUGAGAGCUUCAAGUUCCACAUCACUAAGGAAUUAUCAUGGUCCACAGACACCAACACAGUCCUGAAGAAGGCACGACAACGCCUCAUCCCCCUCAGGAGGCUGAGAAGAUCAGUCAUGGGCCCUCAGAUCCUCAAAACGUUUUACAGCUGCAGCAUCUUGACUGGCUGCAUCACCGCUUGGUAUGGCAACUGCUUGCCAUCCGACCGCAAGGCGCUACAGAGGGUAAUGCAUACGGCCCAGUACAUCACUGGGGCCAAGCUCCCUGCCAUCCAGGACCUAUAUACCAGGCGGUGUCAGAGAAAGGCCUUAAGAAUGGUCAGAUUCCAGCCACCCAAGUCAUAGACUGUUCUCUAUGCUACUGCACGGCAAACGGUACCGAUGUACCAAGUCUGGAACCAACAGGACCCUGAACAGCUUCUACCCCCAAGCCAUGAGACUGCUGAACAGUUAGUCUGGGUAGAUAUUUGGUUAUCUAUUUAACUAUCUGCAUUGACCCUUUUUGCACCAACUCUUUUGACUCAUCACAUACGCUGCUGCUACUGUUUAUUAUCUAUCCUGUUCCCUAGUCACUGUACCCCUACCUAUAUGUACAUAUCUACCCAAAAUUACCUCGUACCCCUCCACAAUGACUCGGUUCUGGGACCCCGUGUAUAUAGCCAAGUUGUCGUUACUCAUUGUGUAUUUAUUCUUUGUGUUAUUCUUUUUCUAUUUUUUCUCUUUUUCUCUUUGCGGUGUUGGGAAGGGCCUGUAAGCAUGUCACUGUUAGUCUACACCUGUUGUUUAUGAAGCAUGUGACAAAUACAAUUAGAUUUGUUCAUACCUUUUUAUAUUUUGACUCUCUCCAGCUAAACAAGUGGAGUACAUGAUCAAGGAGAGGAGUAUCUACCUGAUGGCCAGCGGUCGUAUCAACAUGUGUGGUCUGACCACUAAGAACAUCGACUAUGUGGCCGAGUCUAUCCACGAGACUGUUGUCAACGUCCAGUAGAAGACUACACUACCCACAACCCUCAGCACUGCCUUUCCUCAUCUCCUUCAUUACAACUGAUGUCAUGUUCACCCAGAUCAGUGUUCAUGGAGGGAAGGACACAAGGAAAGGAGAUAUGGAAAAUAAGCUAUAG